AUGGAGGACGACGGAGAGCCCGGGGGACCGCGGCUGAGCAAGAGGUUCGCCGGCGGGAAGCUAGGCGGCGGAGAGGUGGACUACAAGACCAAGGCGGGAACGGCAUGGAGCCACUCCUACCUGAAUCAGAAGCCCUGGCAUCCCCUCUCCUACCCGAAUCAGCGGCGCAAGUGGAUCGCCGAGCAGAGUCAUGCUCAGCGCGAGCGCCACGCCGAGGAGGUCUCUCAAGAGGUGUGCUAGGAAGCCUGGCCGGCGGUUUUCUUUUCUCUUCUUUCAUUUCCUUUUCUUUUUUGAAUGCGUUCUUCUUCUUCUCUUCCCGGAUUCCUGAUCGGUCAACUUUCCCCUGGUUUGCAGUUCGCUCAGGAGCAGGAAUUCUUCCGGCAGACUGCCCUUCUCUCUGAGAAGGAGAAGGAGAAGGUGAGAAAGGGGGGCGGGCGAUCAAUGUCCUCGUCAGAGUUUGGUUUUUCACUUCCAAAUUAGUUUAACCUAUGAGAGAGGCCUUUAUCCGCGAAAUGAAAGGCAAAAUUCUCGGCGGGGAGGACAUCAAAUAUAAGAGAGAAAACCAUCAAACAUGAAAUGGGGGUAACGGAAUGGGGAUUACAUUUCUCCUGGGAGUCUUACGUGGUCAUAUCUUACCGAUGGCAUUUUUUAUAAAUAGCCUUUGAUUUGAACGCUUGAUUACAGAUGGAAGAUGGGAGAUGUGAGGGGGCAAUUGGUUUAUCAAAACAUAUUCCAUGGAGGAUGAGAUAACUGCUUAAACAUUGAUGCUUGGGUGGAGAUCUUUUUUUUCUUGUUCAUUAAAUGCCUUCUUGUUUGCUUGGACGGCCAAGUUUUGCGAACUCAGGAAAGGACAUUGGAGAAUACCAAAACUGGUGCCAUUUAAAAUAUAUAUAUUUAUAUAUGGAUGGGGAUUUUGACAUUGAGUAGUAUGUGAGCCAUUCAUAAUCCCCUGAGCGUCCUAUCUGAUCCCUAAUCCAGUUAACAGACAAGUGAGGAAUGAAGUUAUGGCAGUUCUUCUGUCUUCUCCACGGCAUAAGUUAUGGUGUUCUUCUGGGCGGUGUCAUUCUUCUCUCACUAGUUUACAACGUCCUCAUAGGCUACUCCUUCCCACCGUUGAAUUCUUGACAAGAAUAUCAUGGAUCCACUUCCCCCUACGACUGAAUGUGGAACGUAGAUGGUUGUGGGUUAUUGAUCAUUUAUAAACCCAGUUUUGGAAUGAAGAUAUACUUUUUGAUUUAAGUGAAGAAAAACUUAUUUUAGUUUUUCGAAGCGAGUGUCAUACGUUUUGCAUAGAUCAGGAUGAACCCAGCAUAAAAAUAUGGAAGCCAGUCCUUGUAAGGCCUUAUUUUAGCAAGAAUACUCCUCGUGGGGUAUCUGUUCUGAACACCAAAAAUUCUCUCCAAAAAGAUCAUAAUUGAAAUUCGCGUUACACUGGAUCAAUAUCUUGGACUUCUGCCAGAUACUAAGAGUGGGUCACCGUUGACUUUGCUCUCUUUCUUGUAAAUUAUUGAGGGGACGUGCCUUCUGUCUUAGACUUGUCCUCAUUGAUGGUUGAUGGGCGUGCCAAUUUUUUUCAUUGACAAUUAUCUCUGGAUUAGGCAAUGACUAUUCUCCUCACGGGAUGAGGAUCAAAUUUUUUUGGUCAUGUGCAACAGACUUAAUCACCAUUGUUGCAUUUCUAUUAGCGUAUAUAUAUUGAUUAUUUUGACAACCAUCUGAUGCUCUUACUGAUAUACUCAGAUUGAGAUGAUGAAGGCUGUGAGCUUUAUGUACCUACGCCCACCCGGCUACAAUGCAGAAAGUGCCAAAGCUGCAGAGAUCGCAGAUGAACAGAAGAAAGCAGAAGAAUCUACUGUUCUUCCCUCCACAGGGUACCACGGCAGUGGCUCCGUUAAUCUUCUCUGCUAUCAAAUAAAGAAAUACAUUGUUUUUCUUAGUAAUUUUCACUGCUAUAUGCACAUUAUAAAGACUGUUAUUUGGCAGGCCAGAGUCGCCCGCUGCAAACAUUUCCUCCGAAGCAGCUAAAAGAAAGGCAAAACCGAGAGAUGUCUUUGGUCGCACCUUACCGACAGAAGAAGAAUUUGAAGUCUUGAAGAAUGCUCCCCGGUAUGUACCUGCUGCAGCAGGCCCUCCCUAUUAUUUACUCCAUGGUGUCUAUGCAAAGAAAUCUCUCUUUCCUCUUUCGUUUGUGUCCUCUCUCUCUGUAGAUUUACAUAGUAAUAAUUUUAUUUUUCCGAGAGUUACCCUUUAUAAACAUGAUUAAGCUUGCUUAUGUUGUUCUUGUGCGAUUCAUGCCAAAGUGGGCUGGGAAACUUGAAUUUCACUCUUAACAAUCAAGCGGGUUAAAUUAGGAGAAAAUUCCUCCUCCGUAUCAAAAAUGUAAUCUUUAAUGCUGUGAUUGUCUUAUGAGUGGCCCAACCGACCGGUAGGCCUGUCCCCAAGAAAGCCAUCUUUUUGGAAUCCUCCAACUACCGGUGCUUGUAUGUGAGGCGACUAGCGGUCUUCUGGCUGGCCUUGAUUCAGGCUCGAGACUGGCGUGGUGGGGCGUGUGAAGCCCUUCGCGGUUGAAAUACGCAAUGUGAGGUGCAUGCGGUGCGGCAAACACGGCCACCAGAGCGGAGAUCGCGAAUGCCCUUUGAAGGAUGCGAUCAUGCCCAGCGAGGAGAGCCGGUUGAAGAGGGAGGACCCUUUAACGGCUAUAAUGGCUCAGACUGGUUCAAGCGAGGUUUGCCCUUCAUUCUUUCCCUUCUUCAUCAUUCUUUCCCUUCUUCUUCUUCUUCUUCAUUACUGUGUCUGUCCAUUCAGGCGCUGAGAUGGGAGCUGAAGCAGAAGCCGGGGCUGAGCCCUCCUCGAGGCGGGUUCGAUCCCGACGAUCCUAAUCAGCAGAUUGUGGCGGGGGACGACAUAUUCGAUGAAUAUGGAGGUGAGGAAGGAAGGAAUAUCUGGGCAGCUUCCCCUCUUCCUCCGGUUAGCUCUCAUGGCUUCCUGUUUCUUCUUCCCACCGUCUCAGGGUUUCUGGGUGGCGGCGGCAUUCCCGCGCUGCUCGGCAACUUGAACUCGAGAGAGUCGGAGAGGCCUUCCAAGAGGACGCGCAAGCACGGACGGCGCCGGGCGGGGGCCCGCGGGGACCUCCGAGGACGGGCCGCCGUGUCGCCCUCCUCUUCCUCCGACGACGAGGACGACGACGAUUCUGGCUCUGGGGCGGGAGGGCAGAGAUCCAAGAGGAGGCUGCGGGACAACAGGAGGCGCAAGCACUCCGAUUCCAGAGGAUCCGAGGGCGACGGCGGCGACCGUCGCCGGAGAAGGCGAAAGCAGACUGAGAGCUCAGGCGGCGGUCGUCGCCGGCGGAGGGACUCGUGUCUCUCCGAGUCUGACGCCGAGGUGGACCGCCGUAAGAAGCCGAAGAAGAGCCGGAGCCGGCAGAAGCCGAAGAGGCGUUGUUCCCCUUCGAGCGGGAGCUCGGACUCGGAGCUCCGUCGCCAGAGCAGGCGGAAAUAG